AUGGGCCACGAGCCACUACAUGGAUCAUGCUCCUGUGGUCGCAAUGAGUACCAAAUUAUCAUCCCCGAUGAUGUGACUGAGCAUGCAUCAGUCUAUUUCGACAGCAGCAGAGACAAUCGUCGAUUGCACGGCACGCCAUUAACAGCUUGGCUGCGAGUCCCACUGGACUGGUAUCAGUCUCACACUACAUCCUUCUACCCCGACGAGACUCACGAAGCGAUUCGUCGCAUCUUCACACCACAUCAUGCUCCACAAACUCAGCGCAUCUUCUGCGGCUUUUGCGGUACGCCCUUGACCUUCUGGACUGAAGAGCCUGCUGAAGAGGCAGACUUCAUGUCGAUUGCAAUUGGAAGUUUGUUCGGCGAUGAUCAACAUGCUUUGGAGGACCUUAAUCUAUUGCCAGAGGACUUUGACGAGGAUGCACAGCAUGCCGAUAUCUUGACGUCAUCUGCCUCCUCUGCUCUCACACCGUCACGGGAAGACACAUCAGUUAUCGUACCAUCUUUCUCCGACUCGCCUGCCAUAUCUCGAAGCUUCCGACAUGGCAAGAUUGAUGGCAUACCCUGGUUUGAAGAGAUGGUGGAAGGAAGUCGUCUUGGUCGAUUGAUGCGCGCGAAACGUGGAAAGGGAAUCAGCGAUGAUAAAUCUACAACUUUUGAAUGGGAGAUUAGUGAAUGGCAUGACGAUGGUACUCGUGGAAUCGCACAAGAGGAAUCCGAUUCCAGCGAUAAAGCCACUGGGAAAAGAAAAAGAGGAAACCAAGGGGAUGCCCAGCCUCGAUCAAAAAGAGCAUGA